ACCUGGGGCUGAUGACAUAAGUUAGCCACCACACUCACGCCAGCAGUUAAGCCACCAAGUAACGCCGCUGGGAUUCGAAUUUGGCACCUUUCGUGGGAGGCACAAAGCUCAAGCCAACUACGCCACCGCAGAAUUGAAACCAUCAAAGAAACAACACGGCGUUGGGUCAUCCUCCCUGCAUAUCUUUCGACAAUUCGUUGACUCCUCGUCCCAAGCCCCGUCAAAUGAACUCAAUCGCGGGCGGAGCUUCGUUUCGGGGAACCACUUUUUCCGCUACGUCCUCCGAUUUCGCUGAAACCUAGUUAAUCCGUUACACGAAUGACGCCACCAUCUGGUUCAGCUCAAGCUGUAUGAAGAUAUCAUCUCAAACAAUAUUCCACAAAUUCGACUCAUCGUCGGAGGAGGAGGAUCACAAGCCUUUCUGGCCCUUCCCAGCGACGAUGAGCAUUCUCAGUGGCGGUGACGACGACGAAGAUGACAACGUCCGCCCCAAGGUCUCUCUCGACUUGCCCCCUAUGUCCAAGUUUGCCGAGAAAUGGCGUUUGGCCUUCGUGACCAGCCGUUACUCCCGAGCCUUCACUACCUCCACAGAGAAAACUAACAAGCUCCCAACAGAAUCUCCUUCCUACACUUCAAUUUUGAUCCCCGAUCAGGCUCCGAGUGCUCGCUCCGACCAACCCAGCUCCUUCAAGAUGGAUCAGUCACAGCUCACCAAGCUGGUCAAGGACAAGGACCUCGAUCACCUCAGACACUUUGGGGGUGUCAACAAAGUCGCCUCGGCCCUUGAAACUGACGUCAAUGCUGGAAUUAGCGGCCAACCGGAUGACGUCUCUCACAGGCAAAGGGUAUUUGGCAUCAACACAUACAAGCAGCCCGCCAAGGGCUUCUUCCACUUCGUGCUUGAGGCUUCCAUGGACCUCAAAAUCACGAUUCUUCUUGUUUGCGCCACGCUUUGGCUCGGGUCAGGGAUCAAGGAGAAUGGGGUCAAGGAAGGCUGGUGUGACGCAGGGAGCACAUUCGUGAUGGUGCUCCUCAUGAUCACGAUGUCAGCCGUGAGCCAUCACUGGCAAAAUCGACAAUUCGAUGAAUUGUCUCCAGCAAGUGGUAAUAUUCUCAUCGAUGUGUUAAGGAAGGGUUGGCGGCAGCAGGUUUCCAUAUUUGAGAUCGUCGUCGGGGACGUUGUUUGUUUGAAGAUAGGCGAUCGAGUCCCGGCAGACGGGCUGUUCAUCGAGGGGCAAUCCUUGCAGGUUGACGAAUCGAGCAUGACCGGGGAGAGUGAUCACGUAGAAGUGAACAGCAAUCAGAAUCCAUUCCUGUUCUCUGGAACGAAGGUUGCUGAUGGUUCAGCUCGGAUGCUGGUUACAUCGGUUGGGAUGAACACCGCGUGGGGCGAGAUGACGAGCUCCAUCAGCCGCGACAGCAGCGAGCAGACUCCUUUACAGGCUCGGCUCAACAAGCUCACCUCGUCGAUUGGCAAAGUAAGCUUGGCGGUUAAUUUCCUGAUUCUCGUUGUCCUGCUAAUUCGCUACUUCACCGGAAACACACAGGACAAGAACGGGAACCAGGAAUUUGUGGUGGGCCAGACGACGGGUCACAAUAUCAUAAACUCCGUGGUAGGAAUCAUAGCAGACAUGGUGAUGAUUGAGGUGGUCACAAUUCCCGAAGGCUCGCCACUAGCGGUAACGUUCGCUCACGCUUAUUCAAUGAAGAGGAUGAUGGCAGAUUGGGUGAUGGUAAGGAGGUUGUCGACCUGCAAGACGAUGGGGAGGGUCACCAUUAUUUGCAACGACAAGAGCGGCACUCUUACGAUGAACCAGAUGAAGGUGACAAAAUUCUGGAUCGGCCUAGACUCCAUGGAGGAAAACAAGUACUCCUCUGUCUCCAAGAAUGUCCUGGAUUUGAUUCGGGAGGGGGUCGCAUUGAACACCACGGGCAGCUUCUAUAGGCCGUCUUUGGGAUCAGAGUAUGAGUUCUUGGGUAGUACCACCGAGAAAGCCAUUAUUUCCUGGGCGGUUUCACAAUUGAGCAUGGACAUGGAGGAUAUGAAGAAGAGAUGUGAAGUCAUCCAAGUCGAAGCCUUCAACUUGCAGAAGAAGAGAAGCAGUGUCCUAGUAAUGAAGAGCACGGAUGACACGGUCCACGUGCAUUGGAAAGGAGCAGCAGAGAUGGUGUUGGUGAUGUGCUCGAGCUUCUACGACAGGUCGGGGAUAGCAAAAGAUCUGGACGAAGACGAAAGGAUGAGAUUCGAGCAGAUUAUCCAGGGGAUGGCAGCGAGCAGCCUCAGGUGCAUUGCUUUCGCUCAUAAACAAGUCCCCAAGGAAGCGACCAAAGAAAGAAAAGAUGGGAAGAAGAUUCAAGAGGACAGCCUGACAUUGCUAGGACUUGUGGGUAUUAAGGACCCGUGCCAUGCUGGUGUGAAGAGCACGGUCCGAGCUUGUCAGGACACAGGAGUGAACAUCAAGAUGAUAACAGGAGACAACAUCUUCACCGCUAAGGCCUUUGCCACAGAGUGCGGGAUUCUCAAGCCCCAGGACGAAGCCUUCAUUGUGGAAGGAGCUGAGUUCCGCAGCUACACGCCUGAGGAGAGGCUUCAAAGAGUUGAGAAAAUCCGGGUCAUGGCGAGAUCAUCACCUUUCGAUAAGCUCCUCAUGGUUCAGUGCUUGAAGCAAAAAGGCCACGUGGUUGCAGUCACGGGGGACGAUACAAACAACGCACCUGCCCUCAAGGAAGCCGACAUCGGGAUCUCAAUGGGCAUCCAAGGAACCGAGGUCGCUAAAGAGAGCUUAGACAUCAUCAUCCGCGACGAGAACUUUGCAUCCGUGGUGAGGGUACUAUGGUGGGGUCGAUGCGUCUACGAAAACAUUCAGAAGUUCAUCCAAUUCCAGAACACAGUGAACGUCGUGGCCCACGCGAUCAACUUCGUGGCCGCAGUCUCCUCUGGUGCCGUCCCCCUGAAUGCCGUCCACCUCAUGUGGGUGAGUCUGAUCAUAUACAUGCUUGGUUUCUUGGUCCUGGUCACGGAGCUGCCCACCAGGGAGCUCAUGGAGAAGUCCCUCGGUUACCAAACUCAGCCGCUUGUAACCAACGUCAUGCGGUGGAACCUUGAAGCAACAUACCAAAUAGCCGUCCUCCUCACCCUACAAUUCAAGGGCGAAUCAAUCUUCGGCGUGGAUGAGGCGGGGAAGCGGACGCUGAUAUUCAACGUGUUCAUCCUGUGCCAAGUCUUCAACGAGUUCGACGAGAGGAACCUCGAGAAGAAGAAUGUGUUCGAGGGCAUACACAAGAGCAAGCUAUUCCUCGGGAUGGUCUUGGUGACGGUGAUCCUCCAGGUGGCGAUGGUCGAGUUCCUGAAGUGGUUCACGGACACGGAGCGGUUGAGCUGGGGACUAUGGGGCACAUGUGUUGGGAUCUCAGCCUUGUCUUGGCCUAUUGGUUGGGCCGUCAAGUUCAUUCCAGUCUCCGAUACGUCAAUCUUCAGCUACUUGAGAUCAAAAAGGAGCUCGUGAGGAAAAUUCUGUACAGAAAACAGUAGGAACACUAAUUGGGUUUAACCCGAUUCUUUAAAUUUUG